CGAACGCAGACUGCAGUCUGACAGUUUGUGUGAGGUUAAUGGUCGACUCGCUCGAAAUAGUUUUGAUUUUGAUAAAUAUUUGUAUUCAAAAUUCUUCUCAAUCAUGUAGAUUCUCAACGUGAAACAGUAAUACCCUUUCCAUUUCAAUAUUAAGUUGAUCAAUAGUACUGGUGACAGGGAGUUAGCAAGGAAAUAUUGUAAAUAUAUGAUGUUUCUUUGUCAUGAGAAUAGUUUUUCUACUACUUAUCGAUCGAUUACGAAAGAGCAUUUAGCUUGUUUUGUUAAACAUUGUAACUGAUUUUCAUUAAAAUAGCUAGAGUAUAAUAUCUAUAUUUGCGUGAGUCCGUCUCGGCCGUAAUAAAGACGGGUUAACUCGAGCUACGCUAACUUGUUAUGUGUGGUGUGUUUACUCAACCCGAUCUAUUCACAGCCAGUUACAUUUGCUUAAAAAAGCCAUAAAGUUAAAGCGGAGAUUCGGUGUCGCUACUUGGACAGAGAAAAGGAGAGGUGUGUCUAUGUGUAGCUGCUGAGGUCACUUCCAUGUAUUGUUGCUCUUUUCUUUCACGUUUGGGCGUCGGGAUGGCGAGCAUGAGUUCGACGCUCGUCGAGACCGUCUCUAUAAACUACGAGGACUUUAACGAGAGCUUCCUUACCUGCGGCACAUGUUUAUGCACUUACGACGGCGGUGAACAUACGCCUAAACUUCUCCAAUGCUCACACACAGUCUGCUUACAUUGCCUCACUCGAAUAGCCGCCUCACAGACCAGAGACGCUGGUAGCUUCCGAUGUCCCAUCUGCCGCGAACUCAUAACUAUACCGAGAGGCGGGGUUCAAGCAUUACCACCUUCGUUCCUCGUCAAUCAGCUUUUAGAUUUAAUGGCCCGACAGAGAAGAGAAGUCAUUCCACAGUGCAGUUCUCAUCCUGGUCGCGAGCUGCUCUUUUGUGAGACUUGCGACUGCGUUUUCUGUCGACAUUGUGCUGACGGGCCACACAGCGACACGCCUUGCGACCACACUGUAGUGCCAUUUUCUAUAGCGUUAAAAAGAAUGUCGGAAAUUCUACUAUAUAGAGCAAACGAGUGUUUAAGUAAGCUUGGUUCAGCAAGAGAUGCUGUGGCCAGUGAAUUGAGGAGGUUAGAGGCUGCGGCCACUGCAGCUGAUGACGCUAUAGACAGGCAUUUUAACGAAUUGAAGGCUGCCUUAGAUAAACGACAUAGCGAACUGAAGUCGGCUGCGUCGGCCGCUGCCACACAUAAGCGGAAGUUACUUGAAGAACAGUUAAAGUUAAUAGACGCUGAGAAAACCAAGGUGGAGGCAGAAUGUUCCGGCCUCCAACAGCAAGUGGAAGUCCGCGAAGUAAGCAGCCGAGCGGCAGCAUUAGGCGCACGGUUAGGAGACGCGGCGGCGCUGGCCGAACCCCGCGAAAACGCUUUUUUGGCUGUGGACUUUGCCCAUAACGAUGCUCAGCAGAGAUUCGCGGAAGCACUGGCGGAACUUGGGAGAGUUAGGACCAGUACGACGUUUCCUGGCCUGUGUACUUUGCAAUUAGAAUCAGGGUGUGUUUGUGGUCUGGAAGUGAGCGUGAUUCUCCGCACGGUGGAUUAUCACGGCGAGGCUCGCAGCACAGGCGGCGACCCCGUCAGCGCGGCCGCCACUUUGGACGAUGCGCCUCUACCCUGCACCGUGACGGAUCUCGACUCUGGUCACUACAGGAUCACGUUACGACCUUGGGCCGCGGGAGCGCUGACGGUACGCGUGCUGGUGUUCUCGCGCGCCGUGCGGGACUCGCCGCUGCGCGCGGACGUGGCGGCCACGGCGGCGCCGCUGCUGCUGUGGGGCGCGCGCGGCGCCGGCAAGGAGCAGCUCAGCCAGCCCGUGGCUGUGGCCAGAUGUCCGAAACGACGUGAGAUCUACGUGCUGGACGCGGGGAACUCGCGCGUGAUGGUGCUGGACGAGGAAACUUUCGCCUUUAAGUCGCACAUCGUCAAUGAAGGUUUGGCAGGUCGCAGUUGUACAGGGAUCGCAGUUACAGCUGACGGCAUAGUCGCUGUCAACUGGCGAACAAGGACGCUCACUGAGGUGAGCGUAGAGGGUUCAACUCUGCGUACGAUCAAGUCGGAUCGUCUAGUGGAGCCAGUGUGCGUGGCGUGCGACCCGAAUGGUCGGCGACUAGCAGUCGGGGACAACGGCGCGCGAUGCGUGUUUGUGUUCGAUGCUCGUGGGGUGAUAGAACGAGAGGUGGGCGGCGGGUCGCUAGGGCUGGUGGGCGGGCUGGCGCUGGCGGGCGACGUGCUGGUGGUGGCGGACGCGGCCGUGCGCGUGUACGACGCCGCCGGCGCGCUGCAGGCCACGCUGGCGCCCGUGCCUAAAGGUCGCGGCGGCUACGGCGGCGUAGCGCUCGAAGAAUCAGAAUCAGGCCGCCACAUAAUAUGUAUACGCUCAGCGCGCGGGCGCCCCGCGCUGCUGGUGCUGGAGGCCAGCGGCGGCCGGAUCCUGGCGGCCUGCGAGCUCGCGGACAAGAAACCGAGGCGGGUCGCCGGGUUGACGCUGCUGCCCAACAAGCGGGUACUGUUGGCGGAUCUGGCAGGAAACUGUCUCAGGUUGCAUACUUAUUGGUGAAUGAAUGGAAAGGCGAAAGAAUGGAACGCUUCAAGCUGCCAUAAGGCGUAUUGUAAACGAAUUUCAUGCUAGUCGAAUAUUGCAACGGGGAAUCGAACUGAAGGCCAUACGCGUGGGCGGUACUCGUACCAAAGUCAAUAGUCGCCGCAAGGCUUCUAUCUUAUCCACAGACAUAUAUCUAGAUCGACGCCGCAUCGCGAUUUGAUACAAUUUCCAAGAGGACAAUUUCAAAGUUAGAUGUGUGAGCAUCAACUGAUACUUAUAUUUACUUUGCGUUUACAUUAAGCUUAUAAUUUGCGUCUAAAUCUAAAACCUGUGACUAAGCUGUGUGGCCUAAGCAAUUUCUAUCGAAUCUGAUGUAAAUUAAAUUCUAAUCUAGUCAGAAAUUAAUAAAUCCGUAUAAAACGCCAUUUGGGUAUAAAACACCGCUUUACACAGUCUCGGUAAAGAUUAAAAGUGAGUUCGACUUCAAAUAUUAUGCAUUUUAUGUGUUCUGUAGUGCAUGUUCAUUCGAUGGCACGCAAAGUAGGCGAGUUUGGGUGUUCUACUUAGAUAUAUGUCUGUGAUCUUAUAAUUUACGAUGUUCUUUAGUACUUACAGUAUUUAUUUACGUAUUAAGUCGAUUAAGUUUUUCACAAUUAUGUCAAAGUUGGCGAACUGGUUUUUUUUUGUUGGUGUCUUUAACUUUUUGGUUUUUAAUAUAUUUGGCGUUUAGUGAUAAGUAUUUAUAUGAUUAUAUAACCGUUUGAAAAAUUAUGAUAUUUAAAAGCUUCGAAAUAUUGUUAUUGGCGUAAAAAUCUCACUUUUGACUAGUCAUUCGACGGUGGCAUUUAUGGUUGUCUACAUUUCGACACUUUAUUAAUCUCUAUGUUUGUAGAUAUAAACUAUCUGCUUGGCACAAAUUCGUAAUAAGGGUGGUGGCAAAUUGUGAGACUGAAAAAUCAACACCUCGUUAAGGAGAAGCGGAGAAUGUAUACCCUCAAGUUCGUAAUUUGUAGAUAUGCACCGGAUAUUCGGUUACUAACCGGUAUCCGGACCUUAUUUUAAUAUCCGGCCGGAUACCGGAUAAUAAUUUUGCUUGAUUUCGGAGUAAACUAAUUGGAUUUAAGAAACAUUCACGGUCAUAAUCGUACUCGUUUAUUAUUUUUCAACACACUUGCUCAAAACGACGUUUUGAUUCCACCGAUUUUUGGCUCAUAAUCCUAGAUAUUAAACACGCGUGCUCUUUCAGUGUAUUAUUCCACUCGUGCUUUUUCAAUAUAUUAUCCGACUGAGUUAAGAAGGUAACUGAUUGCUAAUAAUAUGCAUGGAAAGGGAGCCUUCUUUAAUUGGUCGGACUGGCGGGCACCGGCGCGCUCCUCGCGCCUGCGCGGCGCGCGGCCCGGCCGCCCCUCGCCCCGGCCGCGGGCGGCCCGCAGUACGAGUAUGACAGAUGCAACACACAAUACUAACUGUUUUAACUAUUAAAAUUUGAUUAAUAUGAGUUUUUUUUUUUCUCGCAAGUGUGUUGAAAAACGUCGUAUGAAACGCGUGUGCAUUGGUCUUUACACACAUCGGCUUUCUUAUUGCGCGCUCGCUUACAGCUCGCGCGCACAAUAUCGCCUCGUGUGUAAUGACCAACUUAGCACACUUGUAUCAUAAUGUACUAUUAAAACAGUUUAAACAUUCCACUCACAUGCACGCGCACUCAUUUCGAACCUAGAAAAUAGUCCGUGCGAACGUUUACUACGAAACAGGUCAAAACCUCCACAAUGCGCACCUAAAAAAACCGAGUAGGUAUAGUUCCGCCGGCCGAAUAUUAAGCGACCGGAUACCGUAUAUUCAGCCGAUGGUCGGGCCGAACAUCCGGUAUCCGGUAACUGUCCGUUGCAUCUCUAGCAAUUUGAUUCCAGAAAUUGCACUAACCACGGCAUUUUUAACUGUGGAUUGGAGGCCUGAUGUCUUUGAAACAAGGUUUACGUAUUGUCCGUUAAUAACGUAGAUGAUGGUACUAAACGUCUAACACUGAGUUAUCAAUAUUGGCUUUAUGUCGUGGUCACUAACUUUAUUCUUUGCAAAUAUCUGACAUAUUACCAAUGAAAUUCAGACAUUUGCUUAAAUUUGUAGCAUUAAAGCUAGUAUUUUUUUCCUGGUCUGAAAUUACUGUAAAAACAUUGCUUUAAUGGCGGCAAGUUGGUUGAUUUUUGGAAUCAAAUUAUACACGAGAGUAUAUUUUCCUAAUUAGAUAUUAUUUAAGAACAAAAAUAAUGGUUAAUAUGUGAGCAAUUUACCAUGAUCC